UCACUGUGAUUCAUUCCUCUGUCGAGCAAGCACACUGUAUAUCCUCGUUCCCUCCAAAUUCGGGGGCUUUUGACAUGAUGCACGACGAUACCAAAGACCAUGCAUACAGGCAGAACAAAUCCACGCAGCAAAAGCAAUACAGAGACAGGGAGACCGACGGCUUUGCAGAGCUUCGCGAGGCCAUUCGCGAAUCGACAGAUGAUCAGGAAGCCCCAAAAACAAAAUACGAGACGUUAUCAAAAGCUGCACAACAUAUCCGGCAGCUUAACCUGAUGAAUCUGAAGCUGCAGCAGCAACUUUACAUGUUUAAAUCAUCUCGGACAAACGGCGAGGGCCAUAUGGUGACACAAAUGCGGGUACCUGACAUGUCCUUGCACUGGAAUGGUGAUGUCAAGUCGGCUUUCACGCACCGGACGACACAAAUCGUAUCGCAAAACACACUGCACGAUUUUUACAUCGGUAUGAGCCCUGGUGUGUGCGAUGCUGCCAUGCUGGAGGGCAUGCGGGACCAGACGAGUACCGUCCCACGAUACAGUAACAGCUUGAAUCAGAUCGACCAGUAUACGUCCUUUGGAUACCCCUCGAACUAGCCUGCGUCUCGCAUCUCC